AUGGCACUGCCCAGGCUCCUGGAGUUUCUUUUUGCUUUGCUUAUCCCUGUCCUCCACAGCCUGCCCUGGACUACGUAUAUCUCUGAGAGCAGUGGCCCUGGGACGGUCCUUCUGCCUUUCUCCUUCAACUGCUCCUCCUACAUGCCCACUCUGGAGUUACUCAGUGUGAGACCACCCACCAGCUUCUUCAAUAAACCCAGCAUGCAUGGGGAUAACGGAGUCUACCUGGUGAUGGUGUCCUUGAGUAGCUCCGCCCGGCUGGAUGCCCUUGCAGUGAACCAGUAUGAGCUGCAGCUGCAGUACAGAUGUGGUAACUUUGUGGUAGACGGGUCGAUCUUCGUUCACGUGCAGCGGGACCCUGGGCGCAUGCGCUGUGCUGGUGCUUUUGCCAGCUCAGCUGGGGAAUUCAUCUAUGUGCCAGAGACCGUCACACCUGGGGCCCUGGUGUACGCUCUGCUGCUGCCAGGCCUAGGAGUCCAGAGAGCCCAGAUAAACAUCACCAGUGCCCAAAACCCUUCACCCGGGCCUUUCUCCAUUGAUGAACAGGGACUGCUGCGGGCACCAUCCCAGGGCCUCAGAGGCCAGGCUCAAAAGACCUUCCAGCUGCAGAUUUCAGUGUCCUUCGCAAAAAACCAAAGCUGCAAAGGGAUGCUGACAGUGAAGGUUUUGCCUGCACCCUCCAGUCAAGUCUCCUUCCUACAGAAGGCCCAGAGUAUUACCAUCUCAGAGGAUCUGGUUCCAGGGAGCGAGGUGAUUCGGAUCCAAGCUAGGGGAGUCAACGUACUCUAUGAAAUCAUCUCCCCAAGACCCAGUUUAUUCUACUCUAUUGGACAAGCUGAUGGGGUAGUGCGGACCACUGCACCCCUGGAUUUGGCUCGCGUUCAGGGCGCCAUGGUCACAAAACUGCGGGUGAAGGCCUCUGAGAGGCUCCGGCCUUGGGCCAGUGAUGUGUUCGAUCUCACAGUUAGCGUGCGCGCGGUAAACCAGUGGCCCCCACGCUGCCAUCCAGCGCUACUGGUGACUCAAAUUCCAGAGACUUCACUCGUGGGCACUGUGCUGGACACGCUCACGUGUGUUGACCCAGACUCUGCAGGCGGCCCCCUCGACUACCAGCUGCGGUUCCACAGCCCUCCCCACUCCGCCAGUCUCCGUCUUCGUGACAGAACCCUUGAGGUGAAUGCUACACUGGACUGCGACGCUCCUGGGGCUUGCUUCCAGCAUUCAGCUUCCAUCUUGGUGUUCGAUGGUGGUCAACCCCAAAUGACCACUGAGGUUCCAGUGCUGGUGAUGGUGACACCCGUCAAUGAGUUCUCCCCAGCCUGUGUCCCACGCACGUUCCGGGUUCGGGAGGAUGCAGGGCCCCACACUCUGCUGGGCUCCAUAGUGGGCACGGAUAUGGACUACCCUGGUAACAGCCUCGAGUACUACAUCUCUGGUGGACCCUCCGCCUUUGCUGUGGAUCUUCUGAGUGGAGAACUCCACCUCCUGGGGCCUUUGGACUAUGAGCAGCAGAGGUUGUACAGGAUCAUUAUUCUGCUGAUUGAUCACAGCCAAGACUGGGACCUCAACAGUCACCGAUCAGGUUCAUGUACCAUAACCAUUGAGGUUGAGGACGUGAACGACCAUGCUCCUGAGUGUGAGCCUCCAUUUCAGGAACUCACUAUCUACACUCCCCUGGGUCAUAGCAUGGAGGUGACUAAGGUGUCAUGUUGGAUCCCACAAGAGCCACAGCGCUUGACUCUCUCCUACAGCAUCGUGGGAGGGAAUAGCCAGAGCCGGUUUAGACUGCAAGGGGCCAUCCUGGUGUACAAUGACACUGUGUUGGGUUCCCCAUGGCCAGAGCAGCCCUGCACCUAUGAGCUAUUGAUCCAUGUUGCAGAUGUGGGCCCUCCCAUCCCCCACCUCAGCACCACUGCCACCAUCAUUGUGCAUCUAGUUCCUUGGAAGGCCAGCACGGUGGCCACCAGCACCCACCAAAACACAGUGUCCUCAACAAUGACACCCCUGAUUGUGACAGACAUAGAGGCUUUCUGGAAGCCAGAGCCCUGGUUUGUGGUAGUGCUGACAGCGACUGGUGCAGUUCUCCUCCUGGUUCUGGGUUGGCUCCUCAGCAGGACCCUCCGGUGGUUGGCCCAGUCACUACAGGCACCAAGCAAACCAGCCAGAGCUCAGUUGCUAAACAGCAUCCAGGAAAAUGAAAGAUCUAUUGAGAGGCAGAUGGAGGCACCAAGGAUAGAGAUGUCCCAGGUACCCAGAAUUGCCAUGAGCCUGCAACAUUUUGAUGGCAGAGCCCAAGAUGUCCGUACAGGGAGAGAUUACCUGUUCAGCACACUCACGGGAGCCCGGCGUUGGCCGUGAGGCGGAGUAGCUG